AUGGUAGAAGAAUCAGACGUAAAAAAGGCGUUGAACGGAAGUGAUCGUCCGAUUCAAAUCACCAUUGCCAUAUAUAUUUUAAAGUUUAUAUUUUUGUUGUUCGAUUUUGUAACAUUCAUUCCAUUCAAAAUUUUUGCCAACCCGGCGGAGAAACUUGAAAAAUCGAAGCGAGUCAAAGCCAGACCAGAAGACGGAGAUCCAUCGAAGCCAUUCCGCAACGUGAAAGUUGAUGGCGCAUUGCGUUAUUCAACAUUUGAAGGGUGUGACAAUCUUGGCACCCAAUGGGAAGAAUGUGUCAAACGUUAUGGAGAGUUGAAAUGUAUGGGUACUAGAGAAGUUCUUAAAGUUCACAAGGAGAAGCAGCCAAACGGAAAAAUUUUCGAAAAAUGGCAAAUGGGUGAUUAUCACUGGCGAAAUUUUGCUCAAGUUGAUAAGAGAGCGAAUAUGAUUGCAACGGGUUUAGAUAGUCUUGGACAGAAGGAAGGUGAACCAGUUAUUUUGUUUGCUGAAACUCGUGAAGAAUGGAUGACUACAGCUAUCGCAUGCUUCAAAAUGAAUUUCCCAAUUACAACUAUUUAUGCUACUCUUGGCGAUGAAGCAGUUGAAUUUGCUAUAAAGGAAGUUGGAGCAAAAACUAUUUUCACAACAGAAGCCCUGAUUUCCAAAGUUAAAAAAGCAAUGAGCAAUGGUGCAGAUAUCGAAAAUAUCAUCUAUUUUGACAGUGUUGAUCCAGCGUCAAGAGGAGAAUCGAUUGAGUGCGAUAGCCCGUUCACACUACUUUCGUUUGAACAGCUUCUCACAAAGGGUUCACCGAAACCAGUUUCAAUUAGAAGUUCUAAAGAUGAUUUGGCUUUCAUCAUGUACACAUCAGGAACUACCGGAAAUCCUAAAGGAGUAAUGAUAACACAUGGAAAUAUUGUUGCUGCUACUGUUGGACAAUCUGCCGGAUUGAAUUUGACACCAGAAGAUCGCUUCAUUGGCUAUCUUCCUCUUGCACACAUUCUCGAGAUUUGUGCUGAACUUAUUUGUUUCACCAGUGGAGUUCGUAUUGGAUACUCUUCGGCUCACACAUUGUUCGACAGAGCACCGAAGAUAAUGAAGGGCGAACACGGAGAUUGCUGGGUCUUACAACCAACAUUGAUGGCAUGUGUUCCCGCUGUUAUGGACAGAAUCUUCAAAGCAGUGAUUGAUGAGGUUAAUUCAAACAGCAGACUGUUUCGUGAACUCUUCAAGACAUGCUACGAACGGAAAAGAUCAAGAUAUGAGGAAGGAUAUUCUAGCGUCAUUCUCAAUAAACUUGUCUUCAAUCGCAUUGGAAAACUUCUUGGUGGUAAAGUUCGUCAAAUUUUGUCUGGAGGAGCCCCACUUAGUGCCGAAACUCAACGAUUCAUGAACAUUUGCUUCUGCUGUCCAGUUAUUCAAGGAUAUGGUUUGACAGAAACUUGCGGAGGAGGAACUAUUGCUGAUGUCCAUGACCUUUCUACUGGAACCGUCGGGCCGCCGCUUAUCUGCUGCGAGAUUUUGUUACGCGAAUGGGCUGAAGCUGGAUAUUCACCAUUAAACAAUCCACCACAAGGAGAAAUUCUAAUCAGCGGACCAAAUGUUGCAAUUGGAUACUAUAAGAAUGAACAGAAAACAAAAGAAGAUUUUGUCGAAAUUAACGGAAAACGCUUUUUUGCCACAGGAGAUAUUGGAGAAUUCAGAGAAGACGGAUCCCUUAAAAUAAUUGACCGAAAGAAAGAUUUGCUCAAAUUGUCGCAUGGUGAAUACAUUUCCCUGGGAAAAGUUGAAACAAAUUUGCUCACCAACCCGAUCGUCGAUAAUAUUUGUGUAUAUGGCGACUCCAACAAAAGCUUCUUGAUUGCUCUGAUCGUUCCAAAUCACAAGAAUUUGCGCAACAAAGCGGAAGAGUUGGGAGCUAAUACAACGGAUUUCGAAAAAAUUUGCAAGGAUAAGAAGGUUGUCGACGCUGUUCAGAAAGAUCUUGCCACUUACGUUUCUGGAAAGCUUUCGCGAGUCGAGACCCCACAAAAAAUCUUCCUCUGCCACGAAGCUUGGACACCUGCUUCCGGUCUUUUGACAGAGGCGCUCAAGCUCAAGAGAAAAAAUAUUGAGAAAGCUUUCCAAAAAGUGAUCGAUGAACUUUACAAAUAG